CAGACAGCUGUCAAGGUUUCUUUUCAUAGUGAUUUGGCCAUGACGCUGUGUGUGUGCUGUAAUUAGGUCUUUAAUAUGGGUGAUUAAGGCCCCAUUGUAACUGACUCCGAAUGAGAAAUGUGAGGCAGUUCUUCUAAACUUCUUUUGACAAAUCCAUUUCUGCCAGCUAAUUUUGUGAUUUACAAUUAAAAUUUAAAUAGUACAUUAAAUAUAGUGAAAUACCAGUGCAAACGACGAAUACGCCAUGUUGACAGCAUCAAUAAUGUAGCAUCUAAUACUGCAUCUGCUGGGCUGCUUCAACGAGAGACCACAAUUUAAACAAGAUAUGGACCGGCGUCUGCGUCUGUCCGAGCUGACAGACUGAACGCGAUCAUCUGUUCUGUAUUGAUGAGUAUGUGAAAUGAUCUGGAAGUUGUGAAGCAGUUGACAUGCAUUCUGUUCUAGGUAGUGACCCAUUUAGUAUGGUUAACACUGCUUGUAAUACGCAACCACCUCAUGUCAUAAUGGGGGCCCUGGCAUGGAAGCGGUGCGUUGGAUGUGGAUGCAAGAUUUCAGACCGCUUCCUCCUGUUUGCUCUGGAUGGAUACUGGCACUGCCACUGUCUCAAGUGCUCCUGCUGUCAAGCCCAGCUGGCAGAAAUCGGCUCAUCGUGUUUCACAAAGCAUGGCUUGAUCCUCUGCAAAAGUGACUAUAUAAGAUUGUUUGGUCACAGCGGAGCGUGCAGGGCUUGCAGUAAGUCCAUCCCUGCAAAUGAAAUGGUAAUGCGAGCACAGGGCAAUGUUUUCCAUGUCAAGUGUUUUGUAUGCUCCAUCUGCCAUAACCAGCUAGUACCUGGUGACCGUUUUCACUACACAAAUGGAAAACUGUACUGUGAGCAGGACAGACCGACAGCUUCUGCGCACAGAUGCGACCACUUGGAUUCACUCAGGGAGCACAACAUAUCUGAACAGAAGUCCUGAGCUCAUCAUUUUUUUGCUGAGCUCUGAGAAAGAGACACUAAUGGAGCACCUAGUUUCAUAUUCAAGACCUCAUAUAACCCAGUAGUUGCUUUGUCAGCUACAGACCAUUUUGUGAAGGUCUAAUAUUGUGGAAAUUCAACGUAUAUGGUAAUAUCUGGCAGUUUAAAUGAGGUUAACCAUUGGAGCUGAAAAGCAAUAUCGGCGAGCAUCCUUGCGUAUCAUAAUCAAUUAUGAAUUGGUUUUGCACGGAAUGACCUUUCUUAUAUGUUGUGGACCUGCAAUUUAAUUGUGGUGUCUGUUAGUUUUGAUAUAAUGCUGUGUACUUCACUUGCAGGCAGUGAAAACACACCACCUUCCUCUGGUGUGUGUGUGUGUGUGUGUGUGACAUUUAUCUUUUGGUUAUGGGACGGCUGUUCUUCCUGGUCUGCAAUUACAGUAUCACUGAAAUUAACCUGUCCAUAAAUAAAUUCUGGUAGUAUCCAGAGAGUCCAUGUUCUCUUUAUCCUUUGAAGCAGACCUCCAGAUGAUCUCUUAGAGAGCUUUUUUUUUUUUAAAUUAGAAAAUGACAUUCUGAGCUCGCUAUAAAGGACCAAUCUUUAAAAUGUGUGUGUGUGUGUGUGUGAAGUAAUAUUUGCUUUAUUCAGAAUAAUUAAAAAUCUUUA